CGCCGUCAGGACUCGGUGCGGCUGCAGGGAGGCAGCUGUUGCCAUUAUUUUAUACCAACCAGCUCAGAUCCAUCCAUCAGCGGCUUCUCCGUUCCUGGACCACCCCACCGCAAGAACCUCAACAACACUAACAACAAACAACAACAACAAACAAGCAGAGAGAUGAGACUGUCGGCUCCGUCAUAAACAAACUGCAGCAGAUUCUCUGAAAGUAAAAUCAAAUGGUCCAGAAAAGUAGUAGUAUGUCCAGGACGCCUUCGACCCCGAACCAGGAGAUCCCGAUGGGCAUGAUCGACCCCCAUCCUCACGCGCAGGGGAAGUAUGCCAAGAGGAAGAGCCGGUUCAAGCGCUCGGAUGGAAGCACCUCCUCUGACACCACCUCCAACAGCUUCGUCCGACAGGGCUCUGCAGACUCCUACACCAGCCGGCCAUCGGACUCGGACGUGUCCCUGGAGGAGGACCCCGAGGCUCUGAGGAAGGAGGCAGACAGACAGGCUCUCGCCACACUUGAGAAAGCGAAGACCAAACCAGUGGCGUUUGCUGUUCGCACAAAUGUGGGUUACAACCCCGGUCCCAGUGAUGAUGUUCCUGUGCAGGGCAUGGCCAUUUCCUUCGAAGCCAAAGACUUCCUGCACAUUAAAGAGAAGUACAACAACGACUGGUGGAUCGGACGUCUGGUGAAGGAGGGAUGCGAGGUGGGCUUCAUUCCCAGCCCCGUCAAACUGGAGAACACCCGUCAGCUGCAGGAGCAACGGAUGAGACAAAACCGGCUCAGCUCCAGUAAAUCUGGAGGAAGUUCUAGUCUGGACGUUGCCACGGGAACCCGCAGGCCCACCCCUCCAGGAACAGCUCACGUGGACAUGUCCACGGGGUCCUUUGAUGCUGAAACGCUUGACCUGGAUGCCGAGGAGCCCCCUGAGUCCCAGGGUGACCCUCACUCGCCCAAGGGCACGUCAGGCAGCGUAAUAUCCCCCCAGGCCAACGCCCACCGACUGCCCUUCUUUAAGAAGAUGGAGCACGUUCCCCCGUACGACGUGGUUCCCUCCAUGAGACCCAUCAUCCUCGUCGGACCCUCGCUGAAAGGCUACGAGGUUACAGACAUGAUGCAGAAAGCGCUUUUUGACUUUCUGAAACAUAAGUUUGAGGGCAGAAUAUCUAUCACACGCGUGACAGCAGACAUCUCCCUGGCCAAACGUUCAGUCCUCAACAACCCCAGCAAACACACCAUCAUCGAGCGCUCCAGCACCCGCUCCAGUCUGGCUGAGGUGCAGAGUGAGAUCGAGCGUAUCUUUGAGCUGGCACGGACCCUCCAGCUCGUUGCUUUGGAUGCAGACACCAUCAACCACCCCUCUCAGCUGGCUAAGACCUCCCUGGCUCCCAUUAUUGUCUACAUCAAAAUAGCCUCGCCUAAGGUUCUCCAGCGGCUCAUUAAAUCCAGAGGAAAGUCGCAGGCGAAACACCUGAACGUGCAGAUGGUUGCAGCUGAUAAGCUGGCUCAGUGCCCACCUGAGCUGUUCGACAUCAUCCUGGACGAGAACCAGCUGGAGGAUGCGUGCGAACACCUGGCCGAUUACCUGGAGGCCUACUGGAAGGCGACACACCCGCCGAGCAGCAACCCCCCCAACCCUCUGCUGAACCGCACCAUGGCCACGGCGGCCCUGGCUGCCUCCCCCGAGCCCGUCUCCAACCUGCAGGUACAGGUGCUCACCUCUCUGCGCAGGAACAUGGAUCUGUGGCCUGACAUGGACGGUGCUGUGGGGAGAGAGGAGGAGCACGCUGUCUGAAGACGAAGGGAAGGGGGGCACACUCCGGCAACUUGACCCCAAACUUCUGGGCUUUUUCAAAGUAAAAAAAAAACCUGUUCAUGCGGACAGAUCCAGAUUAGAAACACCUCUUCAGGAAACAACAAAAAUGUGAUAAAGCGUAGCAAGUAUAGAAAACCUACAAUUAAAACGAGUCUCCGUUCUGUUCAACACUGUGAAGAAAACAGCCCGACCCGAAGAACCGGACCCUCCAUGCUCCUCCAGACCCCGCCCCUUUCACCACAGUCAUGAGUAAUAUCUCCUGCCCCGACCCUCCCCUCGUUAUCUCUGCGGCCUCAUUUCUCCGCCACAUUUUCUUCUCCGAGAGGAAGAAUCCAGUUUGCCUUCCUCCUCCGUGUUGCCAUGGUACCGCCCCUGAAAACAGCAAGUCACAUCCGCCUCUUCAGAGAGCGGGGCUCACUUCGGUUUGUUCGGCCUAAUCGAUUCACCUGCCGGCUAAUCCAGUUUGUUGCUGCGUCCCGGUUGUUGCUGGUUACUCGUUAACCUAACGAGCUUUGGGCUGUUAAAUCACUUUACGGUGCAACAGAUGAAUGUCUACCAUUUGCACACAAAUGCACACCUUUAGAGCAACAACAGCAGUAAAAUGUAGAAGAUACUCUGUUUUUUUAAAGUACUAAUACCAUGUAACGUUGAGCUGGGAGUUGACGAUUAUUUAGGCAAUCAAAAAUAUUACUUUAUUUGCUAUGAGCUCAUGCAGCCAGCAGAUGGUGGUGUUGCAUUGGAAGGCAUUUCGUUUUGCAUUUUUGCUUUGCAGGUUGAAGUGAUUUUAGAAAAAUUAGUCUCGUUUCACUGAUGUUUCAAAUAACAAGUCAUUUUAGCCGUUAAAGCGAUCCACGAUUAGUUGUAARAUUAGACUUUUUUUUGAUAAACAUUUAUUUUAACUGUAAAAUAAAGACUGUAAAAAUA